GUUGCACUUUAGUUAAUCUACUAUCAAGUAUAAACAUAUUUAACAAAUAAAAUAUUUACUACGAUGAGUGCUGGUAAAAUACUUGUUUAUGGAGGUAAAGGAGCUUUAGGAUCAACAUGCAUUGCAUCAUUUUUAGCCCAAAAAUUUUGGGUUGGAUCUAUAGAUUUGCAACAGAAUGAUGUAGCCAGUGCUAAUAUUAUAGUAAACUGUAAUGCAUCUUUACUUGAACAAGAACUCGAAAUUAUUACAAAACUUGAAACAGUUUUAGGAUCUGAUAAAUUAGAUGCUGUAAUUUGUGUAGCUGGAGGAUGGGCUGGUGGCAAUUCCAAUUCAAAUGAUUUUGUAAAAAAUACUGAUCUUAUGUUAAAACAAAGUGUGUGGAGUUCAGUAUUGGCAUCUUCAAUUGCAUCAAAGUAUUUAAAACCAGGAGGAAUUGUAGUUCUAACUGGUGCAAAAGCUGCAUUAAAUCCAACUCCUGGAAUGAUUGGUUAUGGAUUAUCUAAAGCUGCAAUUCAUCAACUUACCAAAUCAUUAGCUGAUCCAAAUGGUGGAUUACCUAAUGGAGCACAAGUAUAUUCCAUUUUGCCAAUUACCCUUGAUACUCCAAUGAAUCGAAAGUGGAUGCCUGAGGCUGACACUUCAGCAUGGACUCCUUUGGAUUAUGUGGCUAAAUUGUUUAUAAAAUGGGUAAAAUUCGAAGAAAGGCCUCAAAAUGGUUCACUUGUUCAAUUAAUUACAAAAAAUAAUGAAACUACUUUGGAAAUAGUUUAGUUUCCAAACUGUAAUAUUUUGUUUUUGUAAUUUGUAACAUUAUUUUUACAUUUAAAAAAAAAUUCUCUAUUAUAAUUU